AUGAAGGGAGGGGAAGUCCUGUGCGCCAAGAACUUGUCAAAGAAGGAUUUCUUUAGUUUGCCGGAUCCCUUCGCCAAGAUCAGUGUGGAGGGCUCGGGUCAGUGCCACACCACCGACAUCUGCCGCAACACCCUCGACCCAAAGUGGAACCAGUACUUCGACUUGUAUGUUGGCAAGGGCGACGGCAUCACCAUCAGCGUGUGGAACAGACGGAAGAUCCACAAGAAGUCUGGCAGCGGGUUUCUAGGAUGCGUCCGUCUCCUGGCCUCGGCUAUCCACCGCCUCAAGGACACCGGAUACCAGCGACUUGACCUGACGCGCGUUGGCCACGAUGACAGUGAGCCCGUGCGAGGACAGAUCGUGGUGUCCCUCAUGUCCCGGGACGGCCGAGGCACAGGCUCUCACAAUGCAGUAGUCGACACAUUAGGGAACCUCUCCUCUCCUGACGACCUGCCGGAGGGUUGGGAGGAGCGGAGAACCACCACAGGUCGCCUCUACUACGUCAAUCACCACGACCGCACCACCACCUGGGAGCGACCCACACUACCAGCGCACAUCUCAGUGGAGCGCAGGCGGCCCGACAAGACGUACACGUGUCCAUGUGCCAUCUAUGUCUUCCUCUCGUCUGUCUUCUCCUGUGUUGCUCCCAGUGCCUCCAAUUCCCCCUCAUGCUCAGGCUGCCCUUCCUCCUCCUCCUGUUCCUCUUCCUCCUCUGCCUCUCACUCCUGCGCCAGAGGUUGUGGUCAAGCAUGCCCCUCAUCCUCAGCUGCUUCUGGCUGCACAAGAUGUUCUAGUCAUUCCCAGCCUUCCACUUCCUCUGCUCCGUCUAGCUCUGUUGGAUGCCAUAAGCCUUGCUCUCACCAUCACUCUCACUCGCACACACCAUCAUGUGCACAGCCCCCAAAAAUUACAUGUGGUGAGGCGUGCCCUCCAUACACAUCCUCCGGUUCUCCCUGCACUGGACCCUCCCCCUCCUCCAAGUGUGACCCCACCAAGCCCUCACGACACAGUGCCGCGUGUUACAGGCCGGGUGAUACAAGCGCUCUGGGCUCUCCAAGCAGACAUUCCACAUGCUCCAACUCAGUCCCGGCAAGUACAACCUCCAACUCGUCACCCGUUGGAGGGAACAUUGUACUCAGCAACCCCAACACAAGCUCAGACGUGCCCCCGCCGCCAGAAGGAACGCCAAUCAGACGAGACACACGAGACCGAGAGCACCGGAGGAGUAGGGCGGAGAGCGUGGAGCGUGUCAGUCAGCGGGAUGGCGGCAAUGAAGCCCGGCAGAACCCAAGCUCCGUACGCAGACGUUCUGCCCGCCACCGCCACUACCUCUCACGCAACCAGCUCCACCAGCCGCCAGACCUCCCGGAAGGCUUUGAAAUGCGCACCACCCAGCAAGGACAAGUCUACUACUACAACAUUCACACCGGAACCUCCACGUGGCACGACCCCAGAGUGCCCCGGGAUCUCGGGAAUGUCAACAUCGAUGAUCUGGGUCCCCUUCCGAGUGGGUGGGAGCUGAGACACACCCCCAGUGGACGGCCAUACUACCUGGACCACAUCAACCGCACCACGCAGUUCACCGACCCAAGGCUCUCGGACAGUCUCAUCCUCAGUAACAUUCUCAGGUCUAGAAAUGAAGGAAAUCGGACAAGUGUAAUAGAGACUGGCGGCAGCAGUGACCCAAGAUCUAUUACGAGCAAUGAGAGUCCCGUGCCAACCAACAGUAUUUCCAACACCACGAGGAGUAACCGAACCUCCAGCAACAGCAGACGAAGCAGUACUUCCCGUAGCCGAGGUCCAUCCCCUGAGGCCAACACCUCAGGAGUGACUAUAUCAAACAAUGUGCCUAAUAAUGAAGAUACUAAUAACUCUGUCGUUAAUAGUACUCCCGUUAGCCCCACUUCUGUGCCUACUAGUAGCAUUAAUAAUAGCGUCAGCGUGAGCAGCGAGCGCAGCGGCGUCACGACCACCAGCGUGAGCAGCAGCAAUACCGUGGUGCUGCAGAACAACAGCACCAACCUGCAGAUCAGCACCAGCAAUAAUACUCCUGGACCCAAGGAGCCAGCUGUGAUAGAGAUGGAUAGUGACUGUCUGCCCAAAUACAAACGUGAUUUAGUUGCUAAGAUGAAGGUGCUGCGGGCCGAGCUGCAGUGCCUCCAGCCCCAGAGUGGACACUGCCGGCUGGACAUUCCACGAGGAGAAGUGUUUGAGGAGUCGUACAGACAAAUCAUGAAGAUGCGACCAAAGGACCUUCGGAAGAGGCUGAUGGUUAAGUUUAAAGGAGAGGAGGGACUGGACUACGGAGGUGUGGCACGAGAGUGGCUCUACCUCCUGUCCCAUGAAAUGCUCAACCCCUACUACGGCCUAUUCCAGUACUCCAGGGAUGACAUCUACACACUGCAGAUCAACCCAGACUCCAGCAUCAACCCAGAACAUUUGUCCUACUUCCACUUUGUGGGCCGAGUCAUUGGAAUGGCAAUCUUCCACGGCCAUUACAUUGACGGGGGCUUCUCCAUGCCCUUCUACAAGAUGCUGCUCAACAAGCUCAUCAUCCUGGACGACAUUGAGGCUGUGGACCCUCACCUGCACCGCUCCCUCAACUGGAUGUUGGAAAAUGACAUCACAGACAUCAUUGACAACGCAUUCACUGUUGAGCACGAGAGCUUUGGCGUCCUGCAGAUGAGGGAGCUGAAGCCCGGCGGCAGCAACAUCAUGGUGACAGAGGAGAACAAGAAGGAGUACGUCAAGCUCUACGUCAAUUACAGGUUUAUGCAGGGUAUAGAACAGCAAUUUGCUGCUCUCCAGAAAGGUUUUACAGAAGUGGUCCCUCAACACUUACUGAAGCCUUUUGAUGAAAGAGAACUGGAACUGAUCAUUGGUGGCUUAGGGAAGAUAGACAUUGAUGACUGGAAAGCAAACACAAGACUUAAGCACUGCACCCCGGAGACACCAGUCGUCGGCUGGUUUUGGCAGAUCGUUGACUCCUACACGGAAGAAAUGAGGGCACGGCUGCUGCAGUUUGUGACAGGUUCCUCGCGGGUUCCUCUUCAGGGCUUCAAAGCCUUGCAAGGGUCCACCGGUGCUGCUGGGCCAAGGCUGUUCACUAUUCACCAGAUAGAUGCUCCAACAGAAAAUCUACCUAAAGCACACACUUGCUUCAAUCGCAUCGACCUUCCCCCCUACGAGUCAUAUAGCAAGAUGCUGGAGAAGCUGACUCAGGCUGUGGAGGAAACUUGCGGGUUCGCUGUUGAGUAAGCUGUGGGGACGCAGCUUGUUGGCAUUUGAGCAUAAAUAUUUGUUAUGUUUGCAUACAAGUGGUGUAUGUGAUUGUUUGUAGACGCAACUACUAAACGUUCAGUGCCGCGACACUGAGAAGGAUACUUUCAUGCAUUACUUAUGAGUUCUGUGAACUGUGGAAUGUCAAAGUUGUUUCAAGUGCUUUCUAUAUUUAUAUGAAUUAGACUGAAAAACUACUAACACAGCACUCUCCUUAUCUUUUAUUAGACAUUAAAAGCCAAAAGUUAAGUGACAAUAUGUUGAUUCCCAUCAGCAUAUCAUGGGUGUCUUCCCUUAGCAGUGAUAAGGAGAUUUCAACCAGGCUUUGUAUUUUAUAAACUGAGAUGAACUCAGUAUUUAGUCAUUUGUGAAUAACCUGUGAUAGCAAUACAGUUCCAACUUCCAGGGCAGUGACACACAUGUACAGACUCAUUUUUUGACAUAUUGCAAGUGAAGUGUGAGCUUGAUCCAGGGAUUUUAAUUUAUUAUUAGUCAAUCCUUAGAAUGUCAUUGCUCACUCCAGCUGUAAACAUUUAUAGGCUUUGGUAAUGCUGUGGCCUAGAAGGGUCUAUUUUUAUUGAAAAUUUUAUGUACAUAACUCACAUAUCAAAAUGUAUAUUGAGGAUAGGAGAUAUGAGAUAUGUCUACUGCCAAAAACAUGAGAAAACUUCCCAUAGCAUACUUUUAUGCGCAACCUCUCAACUUUGUAAGCAGGGGAAAAUUGUUCCUCUUUUUAAUGUAGAUAUUUGCAGAUUGGUACAGAGGAAGCAUCGCCGUACAUUACUUCACUUGGGUACACACACACACACACACACACACACACACACACUUGCUUAUAUGCAGGUACAAAACACUGAAGACUUGCGGCCUGAAAUUCUUCCCCGCACUCUACCGCCACACUUUUGUUUAGUCAGGGUAGUUGGUUGCAGGCAUUUUUACCGUGAGUUUUUAGCUUACAUGAGAAAGAAUCUCAUAAUUCUUGCAACUGGGUGCCUCUUUAUCCUAAUUUCAGUCAGUAACAGAUAGCAUUUAUUUUAUACGGUGAAAGUAAAUUGAAAAGUCUGCACAAUUGUUAAAAAGUUAUUGUUAUUGUGUGUUGCUAUUGCCAUCAGUUAGGUUAAGAAAUUAAAACCCCGUGUGAAAGUGGUCAUGUUUAUCAUCGUGUAAAUAACCAUUCCAUCAUCACUUGACUUGUGCUGGAGCUGCAGAGUCUGUACCAAACACAACGUACAGGCCUUGGUCAUUACAGUAUCAGCUCUUGCUUAAAAAACUGUUAAUACUCCAACCUCAUGUGCUGUGUUCAUAUUUGACAGCCAGUAGGCACAUUCCGUUAGUUUCUUUAAUAUGGUAGUCAUUGGGAUGAGGAAUGAACAGUUUAAGGAUUCAUGAUGCUUCAGGUAUGAGUUGUUUAGCAGUACAGUGUAAAUUGCCGUCUUGUUUUGUAGCGUUAAGAGUAUACCGGUUACACUAGGAAACAAUCAACAUAUCAUGAGCCUAGAGUGUCCCAUUUCCUCAAGGUGUCUCUGCAGUACCUUCUUCCUUGUUAAAUUCUGAUACAUAUAACAAGGUACUUAAACCAUUAUGAGGAUUCUUGCUUAUGCACCAGGAAGUGUUCGCUCUUGUUCGUCGACAGAAUCUUGGGUAUCACUGUUGGCUUUGAAAAUAAUCUCGUUCUGUAAAUCACUGUUGCAGGGAAGGGAAAGGAAGGUCACUUGUAUAACAUUUUCCCAAUCUUGAAAUGAUGAGUAGCUCUGGACAUACUCCAAACUACACUUCUUUCUUGGCCUUAACUGGAACUUGAAGCAGAAUGUAUAGCAGCGGAAUAUACUCGUCAAAUGAUAUUGGAUUAGAAACUGUUGGAUUGAUACAAAAUAGAUUUUCGUUGUAUUAUCUCCCAGUCUUGUGGCAGUGGAGUCAUUACGAGUAUGCCAAUUCCUCUAUGGUGUUGGGCGGACAUGCCAUUUUUCUCCCCAAUGUUGGUUCAGUGAAGUGGUUCCGUCUUCCUUUCCUGCUUUUAUCGUCACCCACAACCUCAUGCAGCUGCUUUGAUUCAGAGAUGGAUAUGCGAGGAAGCUUCCACCCAUGGCAUUGUUUAUAUGACUUCUCGGUGAAACAUGAUUGGUGUGAAGGUGUGAUGGAUAGCGAGACCCAGCCUUACUCUGAUAUACAACAUGGUACUGCAGCCACAAUCAAUCUCAGCCCAGUGGUAACAGAAUAAUUGAUGUGUGGUUGUGAUUUUGCAGUAUGCCCAGUUUUGCUUGAAUCCUAAACAUUAAAAAGAUUGCCGUUCCUUCCCCUUAACAGUGCCACAUGAGGAAAGAUUGGCAAUGGCUAAUUUACACACGGGUUGAGCCAACUCGACUGUACUGUAUUUUAUGUCACAGGGUGUCCUCUGGUUUACCUCAUAGGAUGUCUGGCAGAUUUUGGCAGAAUUACAACAUUUGGUACAUAGAUUGUAAAUGACCUUUUGUAACCUAGGACUAGUUUAUCCAAAUAGAGAAUCACAGGCAUGAAAACGCAGCAGCUGUCAGUGUCCUAAUGUUGGUGCAGUAAUAGCCACUUCCGUAACCUCCGUGCUGUCAUGACACCCAUUUAGUAAUACUUCCUGCUGUGAGCUUUGACCAAUAAAGUGAAGUAACCCUCAUGUCACGCCGCUAGUGUUGACGUUCUCUUUCGCAGUGUGUGUAACAAAUUAUGCCAUUAUGGACCCUGCCAGUUAGCCUAGAAACUUAAGUAUUUUUAGAGGAGUUACUGCAGGUAGAUUAAUUUUGUACGGGAGCAGUGUCAUCCAUUUAUUCCGAAGACCAGACUAGUUUUGCUGUCAAGUCAAGGUAUGCAUGGACAUGAUAAACAGCAGUCCUGAUGUAAGGUGUACAAUGUGGUCGUUCUAUUCCUACACUUGUAUAUUCAGUGGCGUUCAGGCACGUGGGUAUUUUUACAUGUAACAGCCGAGACCUCGUCCUCUUGGCUGAAGAACACACUUUUCCCAGGUUCCUCUUUUGAAAUGCCAUUGGAGAUGAUGUUACUGGAGAUACAAGCUCAUGUAGUCAAUUUAAUCUUAAUGAAAUUGGCAAAAAAUGUAUCCGAGAUUUUAAGUACUCAAAUCUCAUUGGUCUUAUCAGAUUUCAAGUUGAAGGACAGUACCUGUGCACCCUGUAGGGCAUAAAAUACAGUAACUUUGUGGGAGCAUGUUCAAUACGCUAACUUGGCGUUGCUUCCAUUUGUGACGAAGCAUUGUAUGAAUGGUUUGAGAUGGAAGAUAUACUUGUUGUUUUUGAAUAGUAAUAGAAGUAAUAAUGGUCUUAGUAAACCCAAUGCAUAUCAUCUGUAACAAGGUUAAAAAGGGCUGAAGGCUUGCUUACUGGUUUAGUAUACCACAUUCAUCGAUGAUAUAAGAUGUAUUCAGGAUGCCAAGAAAUGCAGCAAGCAGCCAGUCAUGUAUUUAGUUGUGUUGGUAAGAGAAUAUUUAGAAUUUUUAAUAAAUUUUCAAGUGACAGUA